AUGCAUCAUUCAGCCAUUCACUCUGUUCUUAUCGUGAUGUUCCUCAACUCAUUGAUAUUAUUUGUGGCUGCGUGCCUGAAGACGAUCCCUUCUGAGGCGGUCAGCAUUGCUGGUCAACUCGACAAUGCUCCUCUUCGCAGAAUGCCUGUUCUUCCUGCUCAAGACGAUUAUUCUGUUCAUAUUCAACAGUUCCGUCAAGCUAAAACCUUUCCAUCACCGCAACCAAUAGAAACUGCAACUUCUGCGUCUGCAUCUAAUGUGAAACGCUCUUCAUCUUCAUCAGAUGGUGAUGAUUUCACAGUUUCUGAUAAAUCCGUAGAAGCUCCGAGAGUUGCCAGUAGAGAAGGUUCGAAAAAGAAUGCCAAAACGUUUGCUGUUAAAACAAACACAAGAAGUGAAACAAAGGGAAACGAAAAUGAAAAUGUUAGUCAUCCAGAACCGGCUGUGUCUCAUCGAGAUAGCAACAAUGUUCACGAUGACCGUGAUUUAUUUGAAGCCCUUCAAGUGGAGAAACCUGAUAUUUGUGGUUCCUGUCCACCCCUUUGGAUGAAAAAUACAGCGGAGAUGAAGGACAUCUGCUCAAAUCAUGAAUCUGUAUCCACGUUCUUCUCAAUGACAAUGGACAAGAGAGAUGCUCAGAAUAUUGUGGAUACGAGUGACUUGAAGGAGUGCACUAGAACGAUUACAUGUACAGAACCACAUAUGCUCGUGAAAUGGUAUGAAUCGGAACUUUGUGAUGUUCACGCACCGUAUUCAGGAUCCCUGAUCACUGAUUCAUCGAACACAUUUAUCUACAAAUGUAAUGGAACCCAAUGGACAUUACACGGAUUCCCCCUCUCCAGUGUUGUCUGUGCAGUAUCUUCGAACUGA